AUUAUGCAGAUUUUGUAAGGGAGAACACUCAGCUCAGAAACAGUGAUGAGAGGCUCUGUUAGGAAUUACUACAUUCACCACUCAUAUCUUUUAGUUUUCUGUCUACUGGAUUUGUAAAUAAAUAGCACAAAACAGUUCCUCUUUUGUUUUUAUUAAAGUGAUACUGCAAUGCAGUUCAGUCUGUCAGCUAGGCAUACAUGUGUGAAAUUUGAUAUUCUCACUAAAUUAGCUAAUUUUUAGCUGUGUUCCAUGCUUAUCUCUAGACCUUCGUGUAUUAAAUCCUGUCUCGAGCUGUUCCCUUUAUACACAAGUGUGUUUUGCUUGUGCCUUCCUGUCUUCUUCAGUGAGAAGCUUUAUGUAGGUCAGGCUUGGCUUAAGCAGAUUUCCUGAACCUGCGUCAGCUUAAGCUGGAGGAAUUUUAAUAAACCCUCCCCUGUAGGCGUGGGCCUAAAUGAGGCUAGCCUAGUUAAGCCUGAUCUUUUUCUGUUUGUGAAAAGAGCUGAGCAGAGCUGAAGGCUGCAUGGUGGUUUCAGAAACUGCCUACUUAAUUUGAAAAGAACAAUGGUAGGAAAGGCUAGAUCUUCCAAUUUUACCUUAUCCGAAAAGCUUGAUUUGCUAAAGCUUGUGAAGCCAUAUGUGAAAAUUCUCGAAGAACACACUAAUAAACAUUCAGUAAUAGUAGAAAAGAAUAGAUGUUGGGAUAUCAUAGCAGUUAACUAUAAUGCAAUUGGAGUAGACCGCCCUCCUCGAACAGCACAGGGCCUACGCACCCUUUAUAAAAGGCUCAAAGAAUAUGCCAAACAGGAGCUAUUGCAGCAAAAAGAGACCCAAUCAGAUUUUAAAAGCAAUAUUUCUGAGCCAACCAAGAAAGUUAUGGAGAUGAUUCCCCAGAUUUCCAGUUUUUGCCUGGUAAGAGACAGGAACCACAUACAAAGUGCAAACUUGGAUGAGGAGGCACAGGCUGGUACCAGUUCACUACAGGUAAUGUUGGAUCACCAUCCUGUUGCUAUUACAGUGGAGGUGAAGCAAGAAGAAGACAUUAAACCACCUCCUCCACUGGUUUUAAAUUCUCAACAGAGUGAUACUUUAGAGCAAAGAGAAGAACAUGAAUUAGUACAUGUUAUGGAAAGAUCCUUGUCGCCUUCACUUUCCUCUGUUGAUAUGAGAAUGACAUCGUCUCCAUCUUCUAUUCCAAGGAGAGGUGAUUUUUUUCGGCAUGAGAGUGGUGAACACUUUAGGUCACUAUUAGGGUAUGAUCCUCAGAUCCUGCAAAUGUUGAAAGAGGAGCAUCAGAUAAUUUUAGAAAAUCAAAAAAAUUUUGGAUUGUAUGUUCAGGAGAAGAGGGAUGGAUUGAAAAGAAGGCAGCAGCUAGAGGAAGAGCUACUAAGAGCAAAAAUUGAAGUGGAGAAGCUGAAAGCAAUUCGCUUACGGCAUGAUCUACCUGAAUAUAACAGUCUCUAAGUUUUUUUUUCAAUCUUGCAAUUUGAUAAUUUUGAUUUUGGCCAAAUUACUUUAAUUUGGGAAUAUCCUGAAACAGAAUACACGUUCUUGAAAAAUGUUGUUAAUCUCUAUUAUGGAAAAACUUUUUAGAUAUAAUUUUCUAAUUAUUUUCUUUUGAGAUAUUAAAAUUUACUGGUUGGUUGGCAUGGUUAUAGUUUUUAUUGUCUUCUUUUUUUUUUUUCCCUAAGUUUAAUUGUUGACCUUACAAAAGAUAUUUUAUUCUGAUCACUAAGAUAUACACAAAUGCAUAUACAAACACAUAUUCUUUCAAAGUUCUGAGUCUUCAACAUUUUUAGUUAGAACUUUGAAAGCUAUAAUUAGAGAUUUUUAAGUCAGUCUAAUUUAGGAGCUAUACUAACCUAAUACCAAGAAGCUUGUCUGUAUGACAUUGGUUUUUAUGCUUUUAUCUUUUGAAGGAGUAAAUCCUAGGAUUUUAGAGAUGGAAGAUAUUUGGAGAACACUUUUUUCCCAUCUCUGCAGUUUAGGGGUAAUGAAACAGGUCCAGGGAGAACUCAAUGACUUACUUAGGGUAACAAAGCUAUUUAUGGCAGAGCAGAGACCAGCACUUAGUUUUUCUUUGUGUAAUUUCUGUCCCGCUAUUCGAUAGAAGUAAAUAUCCACUAAAACAUUCUCUAGAUUUAAAUAUUAGAAGCAUUUCUUUCAUUAAAAUUGCCUUUAAAGAUUGUUAGGUUGUGAAAUCAGGAUAAUUACAUCAAUUACCCCCAUUCUCUCUCUAUUUUUGUUCCAGCAAAAUAGAUAAGGUAUUCCAUUGAAGCUAUCAUAUAUUUUGGCUGUGUGAUUUAAAGACAUGUCUUAAUUCAUUUUGAAUGUCCUGUUCUGGAAAAAAUUUCUUUCACAGUAAAAAUCAGAAUGAACAAAAUUAAAAUUUUAUGUAUUUUAUAAGUAUUGUUAUUUUAGUAUUCAUGGAAAUAAAACCUCAAUUCUUAAAGCAUACAUAUUAAAUUUAUAUUAAAUCUCUAAUAUGUAUGUUACUUAAGAAUUUCUAUUUUUGCUGGGGUUUUGUUGAGAAGGGAUUUUUAAGCCAAGUUGUAGAAUGGGGUGGGUGUAAUUUCAGCAGUGAAGGGGACCAUGGGUGUUUGAAGUCAAGAGUGAGACGCUGGAAAAAAGACAAAAGAAUGGGAAAAAGUGGAUUGAGUAUAUAAGCACAAAUGCAGUGCUAAGCCAUUGAUUUUAAGUGAAUGUAGAGAGAGUCAAUUUGGGCUGUAGUAUCCUGGACUAGGAAGGACAUCUCCCUGGACUAGGUAGGGUAGCUGCUGUUUAGCUCCAGCAGAAUUUUCACAUGCGGGGAUAAACCAGAAAUCUGCAUUUUUUAAUGAAGAAUCUUCCAAUUUUAAAAUGUUUGCAAAUAACACAAAAUGCUUUUAAAACAUUAUACAGACAACAUGUGAGUGGACCUCAUUGAGCCAUUGGGCUUCCACAUAGUGGCCUUUGGAGUAGAGCAAUGGUUUUCCAAGUAUGGGUCCUGACCAGCAGCAUCAGCAUCACUUGAGAACUUGUUAGAAAUGUAAAUCCAUUUCCAAGUGAAUUAGAAACCCUGGGGGUGUCAGCAAUCUCUUUUAAUAAACCCUGUAGCGAUUCUGAUGCAUGCUAAAGUUUGAGAACCAGUGAAACAGAGUAUUUUGGAACCUCGCUUGGUGCCUAAAUCAUACUAGUCUCAAAAUUUUUGUCGAAGAGUAGUUGAAAGUGAACUGAGGGAUAUAAAUUUGGAUGAUGGUUGAUACCAGAUUAUGAAUUACAUUAAAUACUUUUUUUUUUUUUUUUGAGAUGGAGUCUUGCUUUGUCACCUAGGUUGGAGUGCAGUGGUGCGAUCUUGGCUCACUGCAAUCUCCGUUUCCUGGGUUCAAGUGAUUCUCCUGCCUCAGCUUCCCAAGUAGCUGGGACUACAGGCGUACCACCAUGCCUGGCUAAUUUUUUGUGUUUUUAGUAGAGACGGGGUUUCACUGUGUUAGCCAGGAUGGUCUUGAUCUCCUGACCUCGUGAUCUGCCCGCCUCGGCCUCCCAAAGUGCUGGGAUUACAGGCUUGAGCCACCGUGCCCAGCCUAAAUACUAUUUUUAAUGAGUCAGACUUAACGUACAAUGGGAAGCCAUUGAAUGCUUUGAAUUAGGGGGCUAAUUUGAUUAUAGUUGUGAUUUAGGAGGAGUGGCAUUUAGGGACAGGCAUUGUAUUGGAAGAACUUAAAUCAGAAAUUUAAGUUAUGGCUAUAGAAAUAGAAAAAAAUGAACUCAAGGUACUAUUUUAGCAUGUUGACUGCUUAAUUUCAUUGGUUGGAUUAAAAAGAGGAUGUUUUAUAGCUGGUAGAGUUAACUUCUUUAAUUAUAAAGAUGUCCUGAAUAUAUAAUAUUGAUAUAUCCUUUUGACAAUGUUACCUUUUCUCUUUAAUCUGUGCUAUGACUUUUCUUUGAGUCUAAUGAAUCUUGUAAUUCUUAAUUUGAGGUAAUGUUUCCCACUAUAAUUCUAGUAAAUACAUCUUGGCAGUAGUAAGCUUUAUUUUUUGAAAUUAUUGAAAGCACACAUAUGAGAUGUAAUUCACUUUAGAGUUUCAGCAUGCUACUAAGAAUUGAUAAUGAAUGUUCAAUUUAAAUGUUGGCUUUUACAGCAAAUCAGAGUUUUCCCAAGUGUGUUCUGUGGAACAUUAAUUCUGUGAGAUGUUUCUAGAAAAGAGAUCUGUGUUAAAAAAAAAGUGCAGUAUACAUCUUUUUUAUUUUUGGUGGUUAGGUUCUAAAAUAAUUGUGGAAGGUAAAAAUUAUGUAUAUACAAAAUAGCCCUUGAAAAUUCCUUUGCUGCCCAUAAAAUAGCAUAAACAUAGUCUGCUACAAUCAUAUUUUUCUGCAGCAUUGUUUAAGAUUGCUUUUUCUUUAGUGUGUUAGGUGACACAAUUCAUUAGCAUUUAGGGGCUGUAUACAAUAAGAAACCUAUUUUUAAAUAUUUUUAAACACCAGAAUCACACUCUUUGAGUUUACUGCAGCAACUUUUCCAAGUCAAUCUUGUUUUUCUCCAAGUCAGUCUUGUUUACUUUUAAUUUGCAAAAGUUUAAAUGCAUAUAAUUCUCCUCAUUGUCUACCUCCCCUUGUAUAACCAUGAUUAACAUAGUAUAGUUUAUGAGAAUUCCUGUAUAAAGAAAAUUAUUUAUUUGACCAUAGAAUCCUUUUCCGAGGCUGUUUAUUAUCUUACAGAGUAUCUUAGGGUAAUUUGGAACCAAACCUUUUUUUUUCUUCUUUUUUGUAUUGAGACUUUUUUGAGUUAGGGGACUACUUACCAACUAACAUUAGCAGUUUUUGUUGAGGACAAGUUUCAUUAAGGGGAAUAUAUAGGGGAAAGUUUGCUAGUACAAUGGAAUGUACACUUGGCUUUCUAUCUGCAGGUUUCACAUCUGCAGAUUGAACCGCUGUGGAUUGAAAAUAUUCAGGCAGAAAAAUAAAUAACAGUACAACAAUAAAAAGUAAUAUGAAAUUUAAAAAGACGGUAUAACUGAGGUAGGAGUUGGGCUAAUCCCCAGUUUUGGGGCUCACUUGUCCUGUAUCCUAACAACUAUUUACAUAGUAUUUACAUUAUAUUAGCCAUUGUAAGUAAUCUAGAGAUGAUUUAAAGUAUAUGGAAGGAUGUGUGUAAAUUGUAUGUGAAUACAAACAUUUUAUAUAAGGGACUUGAGUAUCUGUGGAUCUUGAUGGGGUAGGGGGUGUCCUGAAACAAAUCCCCCUUGGAUACUGAGGGAUGACUAUACACUUAAGCCACCAGACAUCUUGCAUACCAUAGACAAUUGUUUGGGGUCCAUGAGCUUUAAUUACAAAAUGUAAUGCUGGGAGAACAUAGAGAAGAGUGAUUUUGUUUUUUAAAUGUAGACUUGAUUCUGUAGAAAUAUACUACAUUUGAUAAAUAUACUAAGUAUAUAGAUUAUUUCAUCCAAUAUAUUAGUAAUUUAGAUAGUGGAUAGCCACUUUCCUAUCUUUCUCUUAUCCAUAUGAAUGUAAAUGGAUAUGUUGUUACAACUUACGAUUUUCUAAACUAGCUGUGAUUUAUAAUGACAUCCUGAGAAAAGUCAGUGAAACUCAUUUCUAACGAAUACCGGAUUUCUUAAAAUAGUCAAGUAUUUUUCUUUUGUGUAUGAUGAGAUAUUAACUUGGUGUUAUUUCAUUUUUUUUUUUAAGGAGUCAUUCUACCCUGUUCUAUCUUUACUUAUGUGAAAAUGUUUAAAAUAUGAGUUUUUUUCAUGUGCCUUCUUUUGGAGUAAUGUCAACUUUUAAAUACACAUGUUUAAAUAACUUAGAGUGUAAUAAAUUGUGUUUAAUAUAUACUGUAGAUAAUGAUGGUUAAAUGCUUUGUUAACACAUGUUCUUUUAAAUACAAGAUACUACUUUGUACUGA